AGAAAACAAACGGUGUUUUUGAUUUGGAAAUUGUAGUGGAAUCGUGAUGUAAGCAGCAGCAGCAGCAACCGAAACCUAUACGAUUCGAGUCGAAUUUGUAAUCAUUUCACUUUCGUCCGCGGCGCCUGCAAUCAUCGAAUGAUGAAGAGGAUGAUCGUGAUGAUGAUGCUACCUACUACAACGACUGCCACCCGAUGACCCUCACCAAUUGUGCCAUCAAACGCGCGACGAGAGUGAAAGUGCAUGAAGCGCGGAAAGAGACGUCGUUCAAGUAAAAAAAAGUAAUAAUAAUAGUAGUAGUAACAGUUUGACAUUGAAAAAGGCAAUUCCCACUCGAGCCGCCUCCUCACCACUAAGUUCUUUUUUUCCUCUUCUUACAAAGACACAAACCACCGUCGACGACGUCCGUUCCUCGUGUUAUUCAUGUUUGAAUGAAGAGUGUGUGCCAUAGAAAUGAGUGGGCGCCGGUCGCGCGAUAUCUAAGAACAAUUACAUAUCACGAAGAAAGAAAUUAAAUUUGAAGACGACGAUGAAUUUUCGAUUAUCGAUUCAGUGAUUAUUGCAGCUGUGAUGAACGGAUUUAAGCACUUUUUACAGAUAAUUUGGAUGCUGGCGUGGAUCGAAUGGGCACCUGGUGCGGUCGUGGCUCCGCCGUGGGCGGAUCCCAAGCUGAAUCCAUGUGCAAACGAGCCUCGAGGAUGGCAACUCCUCUACUGGCCGCCAGACGGAAAGUGCUACAAGAUAUUUCAGUUGGGUCAUCCGUGUCCAGAUGACAUGGAGCUGAGUCCAGCAGCUACAACUGCAGGUGCCAUACAAAAAUUAUCAGCAGAGUGCAAAUGUCCACCGAAGACAGCGCAAUCGGCGCGCGAUGGAAGAUGUUACGAGCUCUUCACGUCUGGGCCUUGCGAAAAAGGCCACUACUUCGGUCCAGACGAAUACUCUACAAACUCCACGGUGAGACGACAGUGGGGUAUCUGCAAGCAAUCGAAGAAGUGCGGCAAAACGAACGAAGUGUUUUGGCCAAAAGAUGGCAAGUGCUACGACAAAUUAACGAGAGGGCCUUGUCCGAGAGGGCAACUUCUAACGGUGGGCAGCAACGAUAAAUUAGCAGUGUGCAAGUGCAACGAUAAAUACGAGCUGGGGGAUUACAAUUACGGCGGUGGCAAAGGGUGCUUCCAACACUUCACCAAAGGUCCGUGCACAGAACGAGGACAUCUCUUCCUACCGGACAAGACGUGCGGAUGCAGUGAGCAGCUACCGCACUACCACAAUACGACGAAGAUGUGCUUCGAGAUCGGUAGCAUAGGACCUUGCGAUAUCGGAGAGCACUUCCAACUGGACGCGACGGGAAAUAGGGGGUUGUGCGUCUGCAAGAAGAACAACAUCCGCUACAAGGGCGAUUCCAAGUGCUACAGACCGUACACCCAAGGCCCCUGCGAAGCGGGUGAUAUUUUGGUAAAUGCGACGAGCUGCAUCUCGAAUCCGUGCAACAAGAGUCACCUCUUUUUCCCGGAAUCUCAGAGGUGUUACCGAAUCGGCACGAGAGGACCGUGUGGCGCCGACAGGGUAGUAACUUUCGACUUUGAAACGCGCCCAUCCGUUGAUGGGAUUUCGUACAACGGAGUAUGUGGAUGCGAACGGGACACCGGGUGCUUUGUGAAGAGUGAAAACGAAUGUGGGGAUCGUGAGCCUGAUCGAGUGCUUUUCCGUAAGAAGUGCUACAAACUGUACACGCAAGGGCCAUGCUCCCGCGGUGCUUGGAUCCUUCCGAAGAGGGCAAAGAAGGUUGACGAAAUUUGGACGGAGAAGAAAUCGCGAGACGGUUACUGCGAUUGCAUGCCGGGUUACACGAAGAUCAUACGCACAAAGAACGAACGUUUGAUUGCCGAGUGUUUAUCACCGACGGUGCGCCUCGCGGAAUACUUAACAAGGAACUUUGUCAAUUAAGCCCAUUGUGUUCAAUUACAAAUUUAUAAAUUAUAUAAACAAUAUCGACGACGCUAUAUUUACCAAAUAACGCGUAGUGUGUAUAGGAUAAGAGUAGAAUCUUAUUUAAUGCAAAAAAAGAAGGAACGAUUCAACCUCAUCACAACAACAAC